CUGGAAUGUGGAAUCUACCACCUGUCGCAAUAUCUUGAUACAUUUUGCCACACUCGGGAAAGCGUGAGGAUCGGGGAUGGGAACGGAAUCGCCCAAACCCCGAAACUGCAAGUAUUAAGAAGCCAACUCUUCAGAUCAGAGUCCGGUGGAGAAACAAGAAGGCAACUCCAGAUUUAGUACGGACACGGGUGACAUCUACCGGCUCACUCUUCUUGACGAAUUCAUUCAUGAGCUUACUCUUUCCUCUCCGGUGACUGCUAUUUAAGGAGGGGCAGGCGCUCGGACGACGACAGGUGCUUCGGGCGCUGAAGCGAGCUUGGCGGCUGAGCUUCCCCCGUCCCCUCCGAUCGCGCCAUGAAUAAGACUGGCGUGGACAACCCGGCUUUCCAGGCUUCCAACCCGGAUCUCCUCGACGCUCAGCUCCCUCCGGCGACCCCGAGUUACUUGCAGUCGCCGAGUUUUGACCCGGACGACCAACUCUGCGGGAUCGGCCGGUGCACUCCUCGCGCCCUGCAGGUCUGCAACAACGUCAAAGGCUACUUGGUUUUCUACAGCCUCCUCUCGGUCUUCCAAGGGAUUAUUGUAAAUGGAUUGAUAAAUGUCAGCAUUUCUACAAUUGAGAAGCGUUAUGAUUUGAGCAGUUCCCUCACUGGCGUAAUCUCUGCUGGUUAUGACAUUUCAUUCUCCUUGUUAUGCCUUUUCAUAUCCUUCUAUGGUGAAAGAGGUCACAAACCAAGAUGGCUGGCCUUGUCCUCUUUUUUGAUCGCUGUAGGAGCAUUAGUAUUUUCUUUGCCACAUUUUACUACUGGACCAUACACAUAUGGAGAAAAAGCAGAAGACCUGUGUCCAGUACCUCUUUCUGGUGGCCCAACCAGGCCGUGCCGCCGUGGCAUCAAAUCUAAACUUUCCAACUACUUCUAUGUUUUCUUGCUGGGUCAGUUCCUCUUAGGAGCAGGUGGAACUCCUCUGUACACACUGGGUACAACUUUCAUCGACGAUAGUGUCCCAAAGCAUCAAGCUUCAGUCUACAUAGGAAUUGGAUAUGCCAUGUCACUGCUGGGUCCUGCCAUUGGCUAUGUUUUAGGAGGACAGUUGCUGAAUGUUUAUGUUGAUUUCAAUCGUAAUAUAAGUGUAGACCUCACUCCAGAAGAUCCACGCUGGGUUGGAGCAUGGUGGAUAGGCUUUGUGAUAUGCAGCUUCUCUACAUGCCUUUUAGUAGCACCAUUUUCAUAUUUCCCAAAGCAUUUGCCAGGUACAAACAAAAUACGAGCAGAGAAGAUUUCUGAAGCACAUCAUGAUGGAAAACAGACUUGUGAAUAUACUGGGAGGAGUGUUACGGACUUUCUUAUGACUCUCUGGAUGCUACUGAGAAAUCCCGUGUUGAUGUUUCUUGUAAUCGCUGCUGCAUUAGAAGCUUUAGUCGCUACUGGUUUUGCAACUUUCUUGCCUAAAUUUAUAGAAAAUCAGUUCGGAUUUACAUCUAGCUAUUCAGCUACUUUAGGAGGACUUGUCUUAAUCCCAGGCGCAGCAAUUGGCCAAAUCAUAAGUGGUACCUUAAUUUCCAAGCUGCAAAUGAAUUGCAAAACUAUAAUCAAGUUUAUUAUUGCUACUUGUACGCUGGCACUACUAUUAAACAUGGUGUUUGCAUUUGCUAAAUGUGGGAAUGAACCAUUUGCUGGUGUUUCUGAAACAUAUAAUGGGACAGGCAUGUUAUCAAACUUAACAGCACCCUGCAAUACCCAUUGUAGAUGUUUGCGUUCAGACUUUUUGCCCAUCUGUGGUGCAGAUGAAGUCCAGUAUUUUUCUCCAUGUUAUGCAGGAUGUACUGCUGUGGUUCCUCAAAAGCAUGGAAGGCACUACAGCAAUUGUUCCUGUGUUGUGAAUCCCAUACUUGAAAUUGAGAAUACCUUCCACGGAGCCACUUCUGGAAAAUGUAAAUCUAAGUGCACAGUCCUACCUUGGUUCCUUAGCUUCUUCUUUUUUGCGGUUGUUUUUACGUUUAUGGCUGUUACACCAACAACUGUGGCCAUUCUCAGAUGUGUGCCAGAAAAUCACAGAUCAUUUGCUUUAGGUGUUCAUAUGCUCUUUCUACGAAUUCUAGGCACUAUUCCUGGCCCGAUCCUUUUUGGGGUCUCAAUAGACGAUUCUUGCACUCUUUGGUCUAUAGAUAGAUGUGGACGUAAAGGAGCAUGUUGGACCUAUAACAACAGCAAAAUGGCAUAUUUGCUCUUUGGUAUAAGUGCAUGUUCCAAAGCAAUUUCUCUAAUUUUUACUAUCACAUCAUAUAUGUUAUAUAAGCCUCCCCCAGAUAUUGCAGAUUUGAAGAGACAAGAUCAAACAAUCUCUUCAGUACGUCUUUGAAUGAGGAACAUACUAUUUUUUCUAGAGAACAUCAAAGAAAAAAUGUCAGUGAUGUCCAAUGGCAGCUUCUGAGUACCAGCACUGGAGGACUUUGAGCAAGUCAUUUAAUUCUUUUUUUAAAAAAAUAAAUACACUUUUACUCUAAA